GAAGAAGAGGGAGAAAAGAAGGAGGAGGGGGGAGAAGUACUGUAUUGAGUGGAAGAGGAAAAAAAUGUGUGUGUGAUCGGUGGGAUGAGAAGGAAGAAGCCCGGACACGGGGCGGCUCCAUCUCACAUACACUAAGUACAAGCAGCGCUCCUCAGGGCCCCGCAAUCACAGAGCGCCAGUCUCCUACCGGCCGGGCUCCGGACAAAGUUGUGAAGAGGGAAGACAAGGCGGAAGAGGUUCAUAGACCGAGUGCUAAGGGCGGGGAGCCGGGCUCAUUCCCCGCUCCCCCGGAAUAAAGUUUUGGUGAAGUUUUGUCCCCGGACUGAUCGGGAGGAGGAGGGCGGCUCACCCUGGAGGCUGUGUCCAUCAGCCUGUUUUCGGAGAUCAGGAGGGGACACGGUGCCGGGCUGGGCAGGAGAACCAUGAUGAGCUCCGGCGGAGGAAUGGGCUCGGGGGGCGGCGGAGAGGUGGUCUGCUCCGGCUGGCUCAGGAAAUCACCGCCAGAGAAAAAGUUGAAGCGUUUCGCGUGGAAACGAAGAUGGUUCAUACUUCGCAGUGGACGUCUGACAGGAGAUCCAGAUGUGCUGGAGUACUACAAAAAUGAUCACGCUAAAAAGCCAAUUCGCAUUAUUGACUUGAACUUGUGUGAACAGGUUGAUGCUGGACUUGUAUUUCCAAAAAAAGAAUUUGAAAACAGUUUUAUUUUUGACAUCAAGACUAUUGACCGUAUAUUUUAUUUGGUGGCUGACAGCGAAGAGGAAAUGAAUAAGUGGGUUCGGAAUAUAUGUGACAUCUGCGGAUUUAACCCCACAGAAGAAGAUGUGAAGCCUCACAGUGUUCCUGUCCCGGCUCCCAUGGAGAUUCCCAUGGCUGCAGGCUCAGAAUUCUCAACUUCAGCAGGUUCACACCCUGGUCAGCUCCCUCCACCCUACCAGCUGCUCAACGUCCCACCUUUAGAACCUGCCAACAGCCAAGAAGAUCCCCAGGACUAUCUGUUAUUAAUUAACUGUCGAAGCAAGAAACCAGAGCCAACAAGGUCUCACGCAGAUUCGGCAAAGUCUUUACCAUCUGAAACGGACUGUAAUGACAACGUUGCCACUCACAAGAGUUCCUCCUCCCACAAGCAUGCCUUAAAUGGAUAUUAUCAACAAUCAAGUGUUUAUGACUCUCCAUCCCGUGCUGGCUCCUCUUCAGAGUCUAGUUUUUACAACCUCCCCAGAAGCUAUUCACAAGAUAUUUUGCCAAAAGCUGUGUCUCCAUCUGCUACGGACAUGGAUGCAGAUCAGAGUGUUUUCAAUAUGUCUGGCGCUUCCUUAUUAGAAUCGCAACUGAGGCAGAUUACUGUAAGCUAUGACAUUCCUCCUAGUUCGGGAAGCACUUAUCAAAUACCUAGGACUGUGCAUGAAAAUUCAUUGGCGCAAUCUACUUCAAAAUUAGAGACGCUUACAGAUGUUCCUCCACCUAGACCACCAAAGCCCCAUUACUCCUCAGAGCGUUCCCCUGCAGAACACGGCAUAACCCGCACUGCCUCAGAGACUGACAGCAACUACAGUGUUCCCACAGGUGGAAUUGCAUCAUCGCGUAGUAAUACAAUUUCCAGCUUGGAGCUAAACAAAUACAGGAAAGAAAUGAGUUCUCAAGAUUUCUACGAUGUCCCUCGUCCCUUUACCGGUGAUAGAUCUAGUUCUGUUGAGGCCUUUCAUAGUCAUUUUAAAAACAGAAGCAUGUUAACAGUAGGGAGUUUCUCAACUGAGGAAUUGGAUGAAAACUAUGUCCCAAUGAACCCAAAUUCACCUCCUCGACAGCAUUCUAACAGCUGUACGGAACCCAUCCAAGAAACAAAUUAUGUACCUAUGACUCCAGGCACGUUUGACUUUUCUGCAUUUGGAAUGCAAGUUCCACCUCCAGCACAUAUGGGCUUCAGAUCCAGUCCACAGACUCCGCCAAGAAGAUCUGUUCUCUCUACAGACUGUGAGCCUCCACCUGUUGACAGGAAUCUCAAGCCUGACAGAAAAGGUCAAAGCCCUAAAAUUUUAAGAACUAAACCUCAUGGUUUAGAGCGGACAGAUUCACAAACCAUAGGUGAAUUUCCCAGAAGAAGAAAGGUAAAGCCUGCACCACUGGAAAUAAAGCCAGUUCCUGAUUUUGUCGACUUACCUGUACGAUCUCCUGUAACUAGAAGCUUCACAAGAGAUUCCUCCAGGUUCCCCAUGCCAACGAGGCCGGAUUCUGUUCAUAGCACAGCCUCCAGCAGUGACUCGCUGGACAGUGAAGAAAAUUAUGUACCAAUGAAUCCAAAUCUAUCUGAUGGUCCCAGUUUAUUUGAAAAUAACAGCAUUGAUGGAGGAAAUAGCCCCAUGGUGAAGCCUAAAGGAGACAAGCAAGUGGAAUAUUUAGAUCUAGAUUUGGACUCUGGCAAAUCAACACCUCCAAGAAAAAAGAAGAGCAGUGGCUCUGGGAGUAGUGCUGCAGAAGAGAAAGUGGAUUAUGUUGUAGUUGACAAAGAGAAAACCCUCGCUUUGACAAAUACCAGGAAAGCAUGGACUGAUGAAAGACAGUCCACUGAAUCGGAAACCCCAACCAAGAGUGUCAAAUGAGGUUUUGACAAGAACAAUCUUCUUCCAUCAUGACAAGCAAGCCAUGUCUGAAACAGUGCAAAGUACAAUAAUAUCUAAUGAUUGCAUCUCUAAGAACUUUACAGAUGACUUGGUGAGAAAGAGAGACUAGAGACUGGUGCACUGUGGAAUCUAUAUCGCUCAUCUAAGAAUGUACAUAUUUUAUCAUGGGAAACCAACAAGGACCUUUGUUUUAACACAUUUAGCCAUGUUUUGUAGUAUUACUAUGUUUUAUGCACUUUUUGUGGUUCAAACCAUGGUUCUUGUUGCGAACACAUUUUGCUUUUUUUAACGCAGAUAACAUUUUAGUUUUAUGUCCUACACUAAUACAACUAAAAGCUAUAAGCAUUUUGAACAUGGUAGAGUGGCCACUAAUACAUUGCAGUGAAAAGUAGCAUAACAAUGGCCAUCUAUUGCCAAAACACAGAAUUGUAAUUAUUGUAUGUUCUGAUUGACUUUUAUGCUUUCUUUUUAUUUUUGUUUAUUUGUGUGACAAUUAUGUUUCAGAUUUCAGAAUUACAAUUUUUUUUUUUUUUUUCAUUGCUGACUUCAAUGUAUUAUCUUGGUCUUCAAAACUGCAGAACCAUGUGCUUUGUUUUUAAAAUGAUUUUUUUUAUACAGCCUGUGUGUUUAUCACAUAGUGGGAUAUCACUAAUCAAAAAUGUGUAAUUAAAUGUAAUUUUAUUCGUUCCCUCCCCAAAAAUUGCAGUGUGGAGGAUAGAUGCAUGUUUUAAUUCUGCUGUAACUAAAGGACCACAAAACCUGCAAUACAGAUUGAUUUUAUAUUACAAUGAAACUGGUAACAUUUAAAAAUAUAUUGUAACCAUUCCUCUGAUAUCAUAUGCUAGCUGAAUUCCUGAUUAUGACCCCUCUAGUUCAGAUGUAUGUACUGUAAUCAGCAGGCAAAGACUGUAAAGGGACAUAUAGGCAAUUCUUUAGAGAGUCGUCUGCAACUCCUAAACUAAGGCAGGCCGUACAUGAUUAUUAUUAUUUUUUUCGUUCAGCCAGCAGGUAAAAUUAAAGUUAUUCUCCCUUCCACACAUUUAAAAGGGAUAGGGGAAUCAUUCCUGGGGAGCUAUUGUAUUUUGCCAGCACGAAGCCUUUCCAACAGGCAGAAUACAAUGAUCACUGUUGCAGGCUACAGCCAGCGGCACUGUUCAUUUGGGAAAGACCUGACAGACUGGUUGUAUACAAGUCAAUCGAUAGACUUGUGUACAACUAGCUUGUCCAUACAUGGAUCGAAAUGUAUCCAGUCCCUGUCCCCAUUCAGCAGAUUUUCCUUUGUUUAGCUUUAAAGGCCAACACACAUUUCUGAGUGUUUUUAUGUUCGUAUGUAACAUGAAGUGUGGUCAGUCUGCAGCCCUCCACUCUUGGACCGCUCUUCCCCCUAAUACAGAAGCCAGAAGUGGUUCUCCCCAUCGCCUCCACUCAAAUUUGAAAUUUGCAUCACAAUGCAUGGCCCUGCGCAGGAAUCUGUCACCCUAGUACAGGCCAGCAUCUGCAGCGAGAGUCUGCAGGAGCCAAACUACUGCAUCGCAGUUACAACACUUAACAGAUUUCUGGGCAAAAAAAAAAUAAUAAAUGCAAAUUUUGUUUUAAUUAAUAUGCAUUCAAUAAUUUUUUUGCAAAAGGUGGACUUUGCUUUAAAUCGGUUGUAGGCUUUUUGGGCUUUAAAGUGGAUCUUCACUGCAUCUGAGCACCACAAUUGACACUAUUGGUACUGCUUAGUCUUUGGUACAAUGCGUCCAGCAGUACAAUGCUUCUGAAACUCGUGCUACAAAAACUGCCAUUUCUUUGGUAAAUUUACUGGUAUUGUUUUGCAAAUAGAGAACUUCCUUUUUUUAAAUUUGACUUUUUAAAUUCUCAAAAUUUUCAGUUUAGUCAUAUUGGGCAGUUACUGCAUGGUUGGUGAAACUUGCAUCACCUCAAAAUAUUUUGUCAAGACUGUUGGCUCAAUAUAUUUUUGAAUGUUACUUAUUACUCUUUAAUACAAAUUAUAGCCUAUAUGUGGUUUGUGGUCUUUAAAUGGUGUCAGUAUUUUUUAUUUUAUUUUUCCAAUUAAAGCAUAUCCUUGGAAGCCAUUUUUUUUUCAGCUUUAAAGUGUAGGAAAUGACAUGAACUUGUGGGGUGGCCAAAAGCUAUGCUAGUCACUUCUUUAAUCUCUUCUACUUUUAAUGUGCUGUUGGCGAAUAUUCUGCAGGGUCAGAUAUUUCACAGAGACAAAUGAUUUUAUAGAAUUCUCGCAUAUGGUGUCUGCAGUUAUUUUAACAUUUGUUUUGUCAUACAGAAGGUAAACUAAUAAUAAUCAGGUACUUCAAAAGCACUGCUGUACUAAUAACACUGAUCAGGACUUUACAGUGAUAUUAAGCAGUUAAGGUUUUAAAAUAUCUAAUUCUGUUAUGUAUUAUUGAGAAAGCUGCCAUACACGUUUUAGUGCUAGCACAAUACUGUGAUUUUUGUUUGGAAUAGCCAGGUAUAGAAUGUUUCUUGACACCGUUGUGCCCUUCACAUCUAUAACAUUGACAAUGUUUAACUUAACACCUGCUUUGCCUUAUAUAUUUAAAUUUCCUAUGCAACUUGUUUUAAUUAGUA